GUUCACCUCAGCUUGAAAUGAUGAUGAUGAGGAUGGCUACAAAGCCGUCCGGCGGUUAGUUCUCGUCGGGCGGUCACGCACAGCAGCGGCUGCGGCGACUCGAUUCUUCACUCGAUUGACGUGACGUAGACUCGCUUACGUGCAAACAUGUGCCCGGUGCCUUGGGGAGCGGGUGCGUGGCCGCCCGGUGGCAGAGCCACCAAUUAGGGAGCGGGAAGUUAACCUCCAGCGACCCGAGCAACGGCCUCCCAACAAGCCGCCUGACAUUGCUUACUUCUGUUGAGCCCUUCGUGGUAGGCUACUGAUGACAUUUUAAAUGUGGCCGCCUCCAUUAAAUGAAGUGCUACAUCCCAUUCACCUCCCCUUCCCGCAGGCGUGAUGCUGCGAGACAUUUGCUCAUGAUGGAGGAGGCUGCCAGCCAGCUGGAACGAGACCAUGUGCACAGCGUCUACGACAAGAUUGCUCCCUAUUUCAAUGACAGCCGCUACAAGGCCUGGCCCAAGGUUCGACAGUUCCUGCUGGACCAGCCCCCUGGGAGCAUCGUAGCCGACAUCGGCUGUGGUAAUGGCAAGUACCUCGACAUCAACAAGGAGGUGUUCAAGCUGGGCUGCGACGUUUGUCGCCCCCUGGUGGACUUCGCCUGGAGUCGAGGACAUGAGGUCCAGAUGUGCGACGGGCUCCACUUGCCUUACAGAGACGGCUGCUUUGAUGCUGUGCUCUCCAUUGCAGUCAUCCACCAUUUGUCCACCAAAGAACGUCGUAUCCGAGCAAUAAAAGAGAUGGCUCGCACGCUCCGAGCAGGGGGACGCAUCAUGAUCUACGUGUGGGCAAUGGAGCAGAAGCGUCGCAAAUUUGAAAAGCAGGACAUCUUCGUUCCGUGGAACCCCAACCCUCUUUGGCCCUCCACUUUCAAACCGAGACGGAGGGCAGCGGCACAGAGCGUAAGCGAAGCCAUAGAUGGCGGUGACAAGCACAGGAAGGUCAGAAGCACAUCCUCCAUGGGUGAUGAGGAGCUCGCUGGCGCAGCACCUUCGCAGAGCACACACAAGCUCUGGUUCUUCUCCCGCUCCCUGGACUCUGUGUUCGAUUUUGGAAGCUUGGCCAUCUCUCGUUCUUCCUCCAGAGAGCUCAGCACUUUAUCGUCGACGGGGGUGGAGAAUGGGGGGUUCACGGCAGGGUUGCGGGGGCGAGGCCUCAUCAAGCAGUUCUCCAGCUUCUUCUCGCCUCCGUCUGUCAUCGGAUCUGAGGAUGUCUUCGACUCGAGCACAGAUCUGCACAAGGAGCCCAAAGACCCAGACGUGAAAGCGAACCGGAGUGUCUCUUUAGCACAUGAGUGUGGCUCUUUGGCACUGCCCGAUCUCGUCCCUUUCCAGAGGGAGCACCUCAGGGAGGCUGACGAGGAAGGGGAUGACGGGCUGCAGCAGGAAAGCACACAGAGUCCUCAGGUGGAUGGCUCCUGCCUGAGGUACUAUCAUGUCUUCAGGGAAGGGGAGCUAGCCGAGCUGAUCAACGAUCAUGUGGAGGAACUCCGCAUCCAACAGGCUUAUUUCGAUCAUGCCAACUGGUGCGUGGUGGCUGAGAAAGUAGAGCUGUGAAAAAUCUGAUUCUUUUUUUAAUUUUAUGUAUUCCAAUGGUCUGCCUCUGGGUUUUAGCACAGUUUUUAUUCCGCUGGUUGGUGACGAUUCCUGGAAUUGUCGCUGAAUGACACAACUUAUUCUUACAAUGAAUAAGAAAAAGUUCUCAAAAUGACUCCGUGGCUGCAACGCACGACUGUUCACUUUUUAAAAAAUUCUCUUUGGAAUGUUUGUCUUUGUGUGGACCGUGCACAGCAGAUUGUCGUGUGUAUGAAGUGUUCAUUUCAGUAGCGCCCUGAGUCGCUGUUGCGUGUAUUUUUUUUAAAUUUAUUAAUAGUCUAGGCUUCCUCUUCAGACUUUAAUAAGCCAACGUUUUAACGUCUUAAUGCUUUUUUGUUUUUUUACUUAUUUUGGCUUUUUAUCGUAAAGUCUGGUUUACAGCUGCAUGUAUGUGGAGCUAUCAUUCACCCCAAUAAAUGCUUGAUGUUGCCGUCUGUGUACUCUCGUGUGGUCCCGUGUAGAAGUAGAACAUAGCGAUGGACUGCCUCAUAUACUGUGAAUAACACUGCACUGUACCACAAGUAUGUCGUUGCUUGACGCCAACAAUUACUUUUCAAAACUUGAAACAUUGUGCCAAGGAGGUGUUUUGUUUGCGUGACACUCAUGUAAAGAGUUUUUUUUCUUCUUUUAAUAAAGGUUUUUGCUCUGUACGACUCUGUUGUGCAGUGGUUGAUACAUCAAAACAA